AGGCCGAGGUGCUGAUCCGGGCGCCGCCGAGCCCAGCUGCCGGGAGCGCUCCAGGAGCACAUGACCUUGGAUAUGGACAUCGUCCUGUCGGAUUUUGUUCGCUCAACGGGGGCAGAGCCAGGACUGGCCAGAGACCUGCUCGAAGGUAAAAAUUGGGAUCUGAGCGCAGCCCUGAGUGACUUUGAACAGCUAAGGCAAGUGCAUGCCGGGAACUUGCCGCAUUCCUUCAAUGAAGGACGCAACUAUAAAGCCCCCGAAAAGGAGGCUGUGAGACCUGCGCGACCACCGCUCCAGCGGCAGGAUGAUAUCGUGCAAGAAAAACGCCUGUCUCGAGGCAUUUCCCACGCCAGCUCUACCAUCGUCUCUCUGGCCCGUUCCCACGUCUCCAGCAAUGGCAGCAGCGAACAUCUGCUGGAGAUGCCGAUUUGCACUUUCCAGUUGCCCGAUCUCACCGUAUACACCGAGGAAUUUCGCAGCUUCAUCGAGCGUGACCUCAUUGAGCAGUCAAUGCUGGUGGCGUUGGAGCAGGCUGGUCGCCUGAACUGGUGGACCGCCGUGGACCCCAGCUGCCAAAGGCUCCUUCCUCUGGCCACCACUGGCGAUGGGAACUGCCUGCUGCACGCCGCCUCCCUGGGUAUGUGGGGUUUCCACGAUAGAGAUCUCAUGCUUCGCAAAUCCCUCUAUACCUUAAUGGAUAAAGGUGUGGAAAGGGAAGCCCUGAAGCGGAGGUGGCGCUGGCAGCAAACGCAACAGAACAAGGAGUCUGGUCUUGUUUACACGGAAGAGGAGUGGCAGAAGGAGUGGAACGAGCUGAUCAAGCUGGCGUCCAGCGAGCCCCGCGUCCACUACGGCACAAACGGAGGCAACUGCGGAGGCGUUGAAAGCUCUGAAGAGCCAGUGUACGAGAGCCUGGAGGAGUUUCAUGUUUUUGUCCUUGCCCACGUGUUGAAGAGACCCAUAGUGGUAGUGGCAGACACUAUGCUGCGAGACUCAGGGGGAGAAGCCUUUGCACCUAUUCCCUUUGGAGGUAUCUAUCUUCCCCUCGAAGUUCCAGCCAACAAAUGCCAUCGUUCUCCAUUGGUUCUGGCGUACGAUCAAGCCCAUUUUUCUGCCCUGGUAUCCAUGGAGCAGAAGGAGCCCACGAAAGAUCAAGCUGUGAUCCCCCUGACGGACUCUGAACACAAGCUGCUGCCCGUGCACUUUGCCGUGGAUCCUGGGAAGGAAUGGCAGUGGGGGAAAGACGACAGUGACAACGUCAAACUGGCCAGCGUGACAUUGUCACUGGAAGCAAAGCUGCACUUGCUGCACAGCUACAUGAAUGUUAAAUGGAUCACCUUGCCUUGUGACACGCAGGCGCCUUUGGCCCAGCCAGAAUCACCUACAGCCUCUGCCGGAGACGAUGCUCGUUCGGCCGCAGAGUCGGGCGAGUCCGACAAGGAGUCGGUCUGCAGUAGUUCGGCAAGCAACGGUGGCAGCAGGGGUUGCAAGGACAAAGAGAAGCCAAAGAAAGACCGAGAAAAGGACAAGGAGAAGGACAAAAAACGGGCAGACUCGGUUGCUAACAAGCUGGGCAGCUUCGGCAAGACUUUAGGAAGUAAGCUAAAAAAGAACAUGGGUGGGUUAAUGCACAGCAAAACUAUCAAGGGAGGCGUGAGCAAUGGGCAGGGAGAAACCUUGGAGAAGAAGAAGAAAGGAUCCUUAAAGUCAAGGAAAGGCAGCAAAGAAGAGUCUUCCCAAGUAGAUUUGUCGGCUCCUGUGGAGAAAACCUGCCCAGGUAAAGCAGCCCCCGAGAAGCAGGCAGAUCCCUACAAAUACAGCCACGACGUCAGGCUGAGCCUGAGCAUCCUCCGGGCGGCCAUGCAGGGAGAGCGCAAGUUCAUCUUCGCCGGCCACCUCAAGACCAGCAACCGGCACCAGUACCAGGAGGAGAUGAUCCAGAGGUACCUUUUGGAUGCCGAGGAGCGUUUUUUGGCUGAACAGAAACAGAAGGAGGCGGAGAAGAAGGCGCUGGGCAACGCCGCCCCCGCCAAGAAGCUGGAGCCGGAGGUGAACGCGCACAAGGGCGAGGAAGGGCUGCUAAACCCUGCUUACCCCCAGCCUCCCCCUUCUUACGCCAUCCAGACCCCGGAUCUAGCAAUAGGCGCUAAAAUGGCAGCUUUUCCCUCCAGCUAUUCGGGCGUCUUCACCUUUCCCAGGCCCUCUAUGGUCAGCAGCGUGGAGGGCUCCCACCCUCCCAGCUACCAAGACGCGCGGCGGCAGGUAGCUGGGGGGUCCUGCAGCAGACUGCCUCCCUACGCCACCUUACCCAGACAUUGCGCCCAGGCCCGGCCGAUCCCCUGCCAAACCAGCCCUUCCCACGUGGGCAGAUUCUCCCCCCCGGACAUGGACGUACACCCCAAUUUCCCGGUGGAGUGCGACGGCCCGUCGUGCCUCCCGCCGCACAGCAACGGCUACAGGGAAUACCCGGAGCAGGACGGCUCGCAGAAAGGCGCGAGCGCGGACAAAAACAGAGGGCGAGCGCUUUAUAGCGUUCAGCAGACCAAAUGCAAGCAGCCGAACUGCAGUUUUUACGGGCAUCCGGAGACUGGGAAUUUCUGCUCCUGCUGUUACAAAGAGGAACUGAAACGCAAAGAGAGGGAGCGGGAGGCGCUGGUGCACAGGUUCUGAGGCGGCCGCCCCGGCGGUGGUGACGUUCGGACCCAUGAAACAUGGGGAAUGCAAUAAUAGAGGUUUUUGGGGUUUUUUGUUUUUUUUUUC